AAUACUCUAUGAUAGACAAAAAUAAAAAUGAUGGAAUGAAUUGAGUGAAGUAGGUUAGCGGCGUUUUAUCUAUAAAUAUUGAUUGGUUUGGGUGGAAAUUAAGUUUAAUUCGAGGUGUGAAAUACGUUAGACAAUUUCAAAAUAUCGUUGAUUUCUAAAAACAGCACCAACAGUGGAUAGAUUACACAAAAUGAUGGACGGUGGAGUAGUGCACCCCCAUCCAGGCGUGGUGCAUGGAGGUGUUCCAGUUAUCCACGGGAUGCCGGUCCACGCGGGUCCCGACAGCGAACACGCUCCACACCCUCGCCGGCGAUAUCCUAACAGACCCAAGCCUAUCAAUAACCUCGAAAGGCUACCUCUUGAUGAAGCAGCUAAACGGGAAAUGGAAUCUCUCCCUAUGAAAACACCAGUAUCAGUGCUUCAAGAGCUUCUGGCUAGGCGAGGCACAGUUCCCAAAUAUGAAUUGGUUCAGAUCGAGGGUAUGAUCCAUGAACCCACAUUUCGUUAUCGAGUAACUGUUGCUGAUCUUGUUGCUUUAGGCACUGGAAGAUCAAAGAAGGAGGCCAAACAUUCAGCCGCAAAGGCUUUGUUGGAUAAACUUACUGGCGCUACACCAGCCGAUCAGCCCACCAAUGGAACAGUCCCGGAAACAAGUACUGUGGUGUCGUCCUUUGAAGAUAAAUUAAUGGGCAACCCUGUGGGAUGGCUUCAGGAACUUUGUAUGUCUCGUUUUUGGCCACCGCCUUCCUACCACGCUGAGAAUGAUGAUAAUGUUGCCAGACGUCUGCCACACGAGCGCCAGUUCACUAUAAUAUGUACUCUGCUUAAACGUCGUGAAGUAGGUACGGGGAAAUCAAAGAAACUUGCCAAACGUCAAGCGGCUUACAAAAUGUGGCAAGCAUUGCAGGAUAAUCCACCAGAAGUUUUUCAACCAGAGGAAGAGGGCGGUGUAGCGGCGAGAUAUGCCGAUUUGAAAGAUAGUAAAAUAACAACACUCACAACCAGCCAUAGCCACAAAGUGUCGCAGUUCCACAAACAUCUCAAACAGUCUGUGGGACCCAACCUGGUCAAGUUGCAGGUAACACCGCUCAACAACAAGGAUUUCAAUUUUGUUCAGUUCUUACAAGAAAUUGCAUCGGAGCAGUCCUUUGAAGUGACAUAUGUUGAUAUAGAAGAGAAGACUAUGACAGGUCGCUCCCAGUGUUUGGUACAGUUGUCAACUUUACCAGUGGCUGUCUGUUAUGGCUCAGGUUUAACGAGCAAGGACGCUCAGUCAUCUGCAGCUCAGAACGCCCUGGAAUAUCUCAAAAUUAUGACCAAGAAGUGAUAAUAUCAAGUCGCGCGACAUCAAUUGAUCCUAGCCAACCUAUGCAUGUUAUAUAUGGCCACUACGAUUUCUCAUUUUACAUUUUAUAUUCAGAAAUUUUAGUCACAGCAUAGAAUGUCAUAGGUAGGGUUGAUGUCGCUAGGUUUUGAGUGUUUAUUACCACUAUCCAUAUUGACGGCAGUUCCGCCUGUGCAGUUUCACUUCGGGCUAUGAUGUAUAACUGGCAUAUUUGCAGUAUACAAUACAUAUAUGUAUAUAUAUUCGUUUGAAAUACUCUUUUAUAUAAAACAUGGCUCCCUUCGAGGAUUUAGAAGUUAUGUCAUGAUGAUCUCAAUAGCAUAAUAUUUUAUAACUUUUGAAAUUACAUUUCAAACGUUUUUCUUUAUAAUGCAGUCAUUUUUAAAAUGAAAUAAUUGUUUGAAACUAACACGAUUUGAUUUGUGUCAGUCGUGUUAUAGUAAUAAUUAUUAUUAUUUAUAGGAAAAUUAUAUUUUAAUUAAUUAUUAACACUUGAAAGUACUUUCUUUUAUUAAUUAUUGAAAUAAUAUCAUACUACUAUGGGUUCGGUCAGCGUCUUCCUUCACCACUGCUAAUGUGCGAGAGUAAAUAACAUAGCCCGUAAACAUAAAGAAACAAAGUAUGGAGUGGUCAUAUAACAAAUACAAGCUAUACUUUGCAUAGAAUUAGUGUAAUUUUCCCAGCGUGGAAAUUACUCAAUAAUUUAAAAAAAGUGUAAAAAAAUAAUAAAAUAAUAAUAAAAAAAAAAAACAAAAAAAAAGUGUGGACUAUAAAUUUCCAGUUUAAUAUUCAGCAUUAUUUAGGCAUGUUUUUGCAUUUAUAAUAUAAAUCAUACAUACUUACCCAAAAAUAUUAGCUUUUAAAUAUAAUAUAUAAUCAAUACAAUGUUAGCCAUUUGUGGUGUUUUUAGUUGGAAUUGUCAUAUAUUUCAUUAAAUAUUGUUAUGUCUGGUGUGUUGAGGAUACUUGUAACAUGCUGAGCAUUAAACGGAAAAAAUAUUCUCAGCUGGUAGUCUUGUUGAAGAACUUCCCGACCUUUGCUUUGUAAUUCCUUGAAGUCACUACACAUACAAAGUGCAAGGUUCGGAACUUGCAGGUAACAUGUUCAAUUAUUAGAAGAGGCAGGUUGCGAAAUAUUGUUUAAAAAAAAGAAAAAAUAAUUUAUUUCAUCAGUGCUAAUAUUGGUUUUCUUUUAAUACAAGAUUGAAAACUUUGCAGGGAAGCUGAGAACUAGGUGUUAGAGUGAUGACGUCACUAGAAUUUACGGUUGCGAUGUUAGGAUCCCUUGCCUGUGAAAAUGGGCAUUAUUUUAAUGCAAAGUAUAGAGGUUGUAACAUUUUCUACUCGUGCCGUGUCGUCGUUGUUUGUGUGUCUGUUUAACAAGGACGAGGACACCGCACUGACCCAGUUUCUUUUAAAUUGAAUGGUGUGAGUUAACCUGCCAGUACGACGUCGCACUGUUCAAGUUAGAAAAGACUACGUGGAGUAAAGGAUUGGAGUUCUGUUCAACCAAGACCAACUAAAUAAAAUUAUAAUGCCCCCCAAACAUCGGGACUUUGAAAUUUCACUUGUUAUAUUUUUAUGUUUAGUCAGUCUUGGUUUUACUUUAAUUAAUGUAAUAAUGUAAUUUACUUAGAUAUUUAUACCUGUCGUGAAAUUGAUGAAAUUCUCUCUUCCUUCAGCUGCGUAUUUAUUCAUGAAUGAAAUAUUUUUCUUGCCUUAAAAUUGUAUCUGCUCUUAUUACAAUAAAGUUUGGUGUUGCUUAAA